AUGAAACCGCGAAACAUUGCGGACAGUGAUCGCGGUAAGCAAGAGACAAAGGAGUGGAAGUGCAAAUUUUGCCCGUCCGUGUUUGAUUCAGUUGAUGAAUUCUGUCGACACGAAGUUUCGCAUUUGAGCAUGAUAUCUGAUGCAACGGGCACCGCCACUUCAGCCUUGGAAAAUAUGCACAAUCGACGAAGCCUGAUAACGCGGAGGUUGUCUGCGGGGAACUUCGUUGAUUCCCACGAAGACGAUAACCUUUCCAAAGUUGGAGUCAGUUCACCUGCGCGGAGUCCUACCUCGCGGGUGCCUGUUCCUGCCAGCGAAGCCGAUUCAAAAAAGACUUCCGUUGUAUCCAUGAUCAAAGUGGUCGCGGUGACAAGUUCCGCACCUUUGUCUGAUGGUACACCAACGAAGCGCAAGAGGGGUCGACCAGCGACACAAAAUCCUGUGAAUAAUGAUUCGGCUUCGUCCGAAGAAAAUACAGCUCCGAAGAAUAAUGAAGAUACCGUUGGAAUCCCGUCGGCGAUUUCUCAAUCUCCUUCCAUCGCUACCGAGGAUCCCGAGGAUAACCCUGCAGAAGUGACUAUCCCGGACUUAGUGAAAAGUACAUCUGAAGUGUUACUUGACUGUGGAUCUCCUAAAGUUGGGCUCUCUGUUUUUUCGGCGGAAAAUUCCGAAAACAGUGAACUUGAAUCCCCUAAAAGCCCUCAAGUCGUUCCUCCCGGAGAUAUUCACAGUUCAGAAAUUUCGCAAGUCCCUGAAAGUUCCUUAUCCUACGACACCGAAGAAUCCACUCCGCACCUCACUGAUCUCGAACCUGCCAAGAUGGAUAAUGAAUCCCUGGCCAACACAGAUUCCGUAGAAACGCUGGACGAAAUUGAAAAGUUUCUUCGUGAAAGCAUACCUACAAAUUUUACCUCAGAAGUAAAAUCUGCAUCCAUGCCAACCCGUCCGUUGAACAACGAAUCGCGUAACCGAUCCAAUACGCUUGCCGAAGCUUUGAAUGACGUUUUUGGAAUUGAUGAAAUUGAAGCGCAUUUGUCGCCGAAGCCCAUUCGUGUUUAUUCUCGCAAAAGAAGUGGAGAAGCGAUCCACAAUGUGCUAGGGAAAAAUCUACGGAACAGCGCUUCGUUGUUGCACCCGCCCCUACCUGACCAUGAUCUCAGUGGCAGUCGUUCCAGGGGGGAUAUCAUGAUUCAAAGAAGACCUCCUCCCGUCAUAAACGUUCGCCGGAAGCACAUCUUAUCAGCUAAGGAUGUUAAGAAUGGGAUGCGUUGGAAAGGCACUAAUGUGUAUCACAGAAAAUUCAGAGCCGCGCUUGAGAUCAAGGCCUCUGAGUCUAUCAGUUCACCACAUUUAGAGAAGGCGCUGCCAUCGGAUUUGAUGCUAACGGAGUGUGUCGCCAAUUCAGGAACAUGCAAGGCCUGUGACCGAAUUUCAGAUGCUCAGCUCGAGCGAGAACAAUUCGACAUGGAACCUGUGACGAUUGAAGAAACGAAAACCGAGUCAUUGAUCAAUUGGUUCAGUGAACGUGACAUUGUGACGACUGAUCCAAUGGCAGAGUUUCGUAGUGUCAACGCACCAUUGGUUGGGAUUUAUUCUCCGGAUUUCUUUGCACUUGUUGAGAAUGAUUACGAUGCGGAACAACACGAAGAUGAAGAUGUCGAAAUGGGUUUGAUGUUUUUGGAGUCAACCUACAACAACAUAGAGAAGUCAAAAGAACAGGAGGAUUUCCGACUCAAGCCAAAACCGCCUUUCAGGUCCAUGAUGGUGCGACAUGUUAUUGUGAAGGCUUUCGUCAAAGGAUUUCCGUGCAAUGCUGAUAACUGCAAAAGAACCUUCGUUUCGUUCCCGACGCGUGAUGAGCUCGCGAAGCAUCGUCGUGCCCGACACGGUUUCACCUGUCAUAUUUGUGGGCAGUGGUUUGCGCGGAAUAUUUACCGAAAGGGUCACAUGGCCCGUCAUGCUCAACAAUCUGAAAAAGCGAAGGUGAAGAAAGAAGUCUCCCUUGUCCGGGCCGCGAGACGUCCCGUCAAGCGACAGUACAUCAAAGUGGAGCAUGAUGAAAACUUCGACGUGGACGAGCAAUACAUUUGUGACCACUGCGGAAAAGUUUUCCGUAGUAUGGCAGCAUUGUCUCAACACAUCACUAUCGUCAAGCGUCUCGCGCAACGACACGUCGGUGCACAUUACGAUUCAGAUUCCGAGUCAGAAACUGAUCCUCGCUAUAUGAACGCGUACUCUGAAGAAGUCGAGAAGCGACGUGCCGUACGUUUCAUGGAAAUGCACUCCGAUGAGUCCAGCAUGGGCUCUCAUCAGGGCACCGACGUGUUCGACGGUCUCGUUGGAAACGACGGAAACCUUCUCGACAUCGCCAUGAGAUUAUCUGGAGUCGAGGAGAAUCGUCAACGCAAGAUAAAGGAAGAGGAGGUAGAUGAGGAAGAAGAGGAUGAAUUAACCCCGCAGGACUUGGCCUGGCAGCAGGUUGUCGAAUUAGAGUCCGCUCUGAUUGAAGCUGAGGAAUACGACGAAGAUACGUUGUACAUCGAUGAGAAGCCACAAAUGGUGAAAGACACGGAAUUGAUGGAGGAAGAUGAAGUUAUGCCCCAAGCUCCGCGAGUGUUUGAUUUUAUUCCUUCAGAAUUCGCUGUGGAAACGUUUAAUCUGGCGUCUACGGAGGAGGAGAGGAAGAGUCAAUUCGGCAGGCCAAUUUGCAUCGUGGAUUUUCGACCUGAAUUGUCCGCGGUACAGAAAAUGUCAAGCGGAAUGCUUCCCGGGAAGCGUCAGCGAGAAGAAGGUGAAGUUGACGACGUUUCCGAUAAUAGCGACGAAAAUGCGAAGAAACGUUCGCGGGGUGGUGAAGAGGAAUUCGCGGAAAAUUUUUUGGAUGAAGUAGUAGUGCUUGACGAAAUUGUGAGCAGUGACGACGCGGGUGAAGUGAUUACGAAGGAUGAAAAAAAGAGGAAGAGGAAGAAGCGAAAGGAAAUGAACGCGAAAGCCAAGCUUAUUGAAGAUGAAAAUGACGUUGAAUUCCGUUUUAAAACGUCGUUGGACGCGCUAGAAAAGGUGACCGAUCCAUCGAGAGGAUUUAUGAAAAUCACCAUGCCUUCUGCAGCUAUUUCCGAGAUUUUAUGGGGGCCUAUAAAGGAAUUCAUCUGCAACUUGGCAACGGAAAAACUCCCCGAAAUCGUUUCGUGUUUGGCGAAUGAAGAGGACGGAGAUCCGGAUGAGUCGUGUGAAAAAGUUGUGUCAUUCGGGGACAUAAUUAGUGCAGCCUCGGGAAAUCCUGAAAUAUGUUCUUCUGUUUUCGCUGAAGAUGAUGUGAGUUUCGUUAUAUGCGAUGAAGAAGAGGCUAAGAGCGUGAAUUACAUUGAAAAAGCGUCGUAUUCCUUGAAUGCUUCGUUAGUAGAGGGUAUCGAAGAAGCAGAAAAGGGGUCUUCUCCUCAUCCGCCUCAAAAUAGGCGAAGCUUUUUUGCCGAAUGCUUCAAUUGUCGUGGACCGCAUACAAUACAAAAAUGUAGAAAACCGCACAAUUAUUUAAGGAUUGAGUUCAACAGAAAGAGAAAGGACAUUUUGUCGGGGCAACGGAAGCCAGAAUUGAUGUGCAAUGUACAAAAACAUAUUGUACCUGGUAGAAUAAGCGGUGCACUGCGUUAUGCGCUUGGUUUGGGAAAUAACCACCUUCCACCUUGGAUUUAUAGAAUGCGGAAAGCGGGAUACCCACCCGGCUGGCUUCGGGCUGCGGAAAUAAAGCAUGAUUCGUUGCAGGUCAUCAAUGCUGACAACCCGGAACUAGAACAAUCCGGGGUUGUUAUUGAUCGUAAUAAAAUAAUUGAAUAUCCUGGGUUUAAUGUCUGGCCUCCGCAUGGGACUAUUGAUGAACCUGAAGACGGCAUCAAACAAGGUGAGAACAGUUUGACGGAAAAUUGGGGUUUGAGUUUCUCCACGACUGAAGAACAGGAGGCUGAGAUGAAACAGAAGCGUAGUGAAAACCCAUUUAAAAUUCAAGAUGCGGCGCUCCCUUCCACGAAUGGCUUUGAGGAAAACGAGGAGGAAGUGGAAGUCUCAUCGACUGGUAAUGUUUCUGCAUUGGGACUUCCAGCGUUAGAAAUCAUGACAACUUCGCUAGAGGUUACGGAAGUUCCUGCUGCCAAAGUGCCUUCUUUGGACAGCUUCACGUCCGACAUCACGGAUCAUAUUCCUUACGAGAACUUGCCCAACUCCACGGGGCAGUACGACGUCCUCAAGGAAUUGUUUAAGAAAGCCAGACAAAGUUCAGUUGGAAAUUGA